CACAACACGAGAUAACUUCUUCCUUUCCUCCUUUCUCGUUUCGUUCGAUAUCGUUCGGUGUUUCGAGUCUCACCUCCUUCAUGGGCCCUGGAGGACCUGGCGGGCCUGGUGGCCCUGGAGGACCUGGCGGGCCUGAUGGUCCUGGAGGGCCUCCUGGACCUGGGUGGGCUCCCCUCCCAGGGGGCCCUUUCCCUGGAUGGGGCCCAGCACCGCCAGGGGGCCCAUUCUGGGGGCCAGGUUUUGGUGGCUUCCUACCCUCGUGGUUAGUCCUCCCAAUUUUUACUUCCUGUGCUGCUGCUGCUUACUUCAGGAAUGCUGUGGGCCCUUCUUCGGGACGGGCCCAAGGCCGUAUGGUCCUCCUCCUCCUUUUUGAAAUAUUAUAAAGUUACAGGGGUGAAGUAGUAAAAGACACACUUGAAGGGAAUGAAGGCUGAAAAACUACGGAGAACAACAAUUAUUCAUAAAGAUGCUUUUGCAAUUAUAACGUCGAGGGCUGAAAAAAGUAAAAUUGUAAUGUCUUUGUAACAAUGUACUAGUGCAAUAUCAUUAAAUACAAGGGUUUUAAUAACUGUUAUCGAACUCGAGUCGAGCUCAAACUUUUUAUUAUGGUCACGAAGGAGAUUGCCUAAACCCUGCUCCCUCUCGAGAUCGGUCGAAGCGAAGAGGAAAAGUGCCGCCCAAACUCCCAUCUUUCUUCGAGUUCCAGCAAAGAGGAAAAGUGCCGCCCAAACUCCCAUCUUUCUUCUAGUUCCUGCCAUGCGAGGCGCUCUCUGCUCCCUCUCCUCUGCGCUCUUGCGACGGCCCAUCGCUUCCAUCGGCGCCUCCGGACAUCCGCCUCUUUCGCCUUGUCUCCGGUCUCUUCCCCAGAAUGGAAGAAGCAUAGGAAGGGCUUGGAUAAGCCGUUAUUAUUUGUCUUCUACAGUUGAAUCGCUAGUUGAAUAUGAAAGGGAUCCUCCAUUUGAUGAUAGAAGCGUUCUGGACAAACGGUCGUCCCUCGAUCUUGCACUAUGUCAGCUAGCAAGUGAUUUUGAUAAAGAAUCAAAUUUAUCAUUAGGCCGUUUCUACCAUUCACGGCAGAUUCCAGUAAUCUCAACUGGCUCUCUAAAGCUUGAUCUGGCCCUUGGAAUUGGAGGAUUGCCAAAGGGAAGAAUGGUUGAGAUUUAUGGGAAAGAAUCCUCUGGAAAAACUACACUCGCUCUUCACAUUAUAAAGGAAGCUCAAAAGCUUGGAGGAUGUUGUGCUUAUUUUGAUAUAGAGAAUGUGUUGGAUCUCGCUUUAGCAGAAAGGAUAGGUGUAAAUAUAGGCAAUCUUCUGAUUUCAAGAGCUGAAUGUGCUGAACAUUCACUAAGCAUAGUGAAUACACUCGUAAAUAGUGGAUCUAUUGAUGUUAUCGUGGUGGAUAGCGUAGCAGCCCUUAUUCCCCAAUGUGAAAUUGAAUCUACAAUAGAUAUGAAUCGUCCUGAGGUGCAAUCUAGGUUGAUGACUCGAGCACUCCGAAAGAUUCAUCAUUCCUUAUGCCGGUCAGAAGCUCUCAUCAUUUUUAUUAAUCAGGUUAGAGACAAUGUGGGCCGUAGGCAUGGAUUUGUAGAUCAAAAUGAGAUCACAUGCUGCGGAACUGCCUUACGAUUCUAUGCUGCAGUACGAAUGAGAGCUAGAAGGAAAUGCUUGCUUUACAAUGACAAUACGGCCACUGGCAUUGCUAUAUCGAUUGAAAUCAUCAAAAACAAGCUUGCGCCUGCGAUGAAGAGGGCUGACCUAAACAUAGAAUUUGGAAGAGGUCUCCGCCGCGAGGAAGAACUUCUCGAAAUCGCCACAAAGCAUAGAUUCAUCAAAAAGGAACAAGAUGGGUAUUGGAUACAAGGAGAGUAUUACAAAGAUCAACAAGCAGCUGAAAGGUACCUCGCCGCAAAUAACAGUCUGACGAGCGACCUUACAGAUCUAUUAAGAGAUCAAUUGUUCAAUGAGACAACAGAAAGUGGACGACAAACUGAGAUGAUCGAGCAGUCGUAAUCUCCAUUGUAUUUGCGAAGAAAUCUUCGCUGUUCAUUGAUGAAAAAGUGUUGUUUAAUCUUUCUAUUCAAGAGUUGAUCAUCAAUUUAUAAACAGUAGUCUGCAGUUGAAAGGAUUUUAAUUUUAUGGGAUAUUUAUUUGAUCUGUUUGAACGAAUUAUUGUAUUUUGUAGUCUGCAAUUUCUUGCAUGAUUAUUCUUUUAAACUUUAUAA